AAAUCAUACAGCAAUGAAAUUGCUUUUUCUAAUAGGCAUAAUCCAUUUUCUUCUCUUUGUAGUCGAUGGGUCAUUUAUAUCGUGGAUCUUUGGCGGAGGGAGUUCGUCUGAGUCGAGCGAAAUUUCUGGAGGAGAGACGGCCCCAACCAUGUCAACAGCAAACAACAUGGCAAAUCCUUCGGCCGCGAAUUUUGGUCGGGUGCCUUUUGAAAUGAAGUCAGCGGAGCAAAGGUUUUUGAGGGGGGGCGAAGAAUAUAUGGCAGGAUUGUCUGAACUCGAUACAUGUCAUCACAGGGUCAUUGCUGAGUUGGAGACAUCUUGUAAUGACAUCACAGAGGAGGAGCUGGGUAAAUUAGGUGUGGCACUCCUGAACUGUCAGUCCCAAUCCGAGGGGCGUCCAACAUUCACUUGCACCAAAGAAAUGACUUUGGCUGAAUGCACCAGAGAUAUGGAUGCCACAACAUGGAACACCUAUCAUAUAAUCAGUGACCGGUCACGAUCUGUCUGCUAUGGUGUGCGACAGCAGCAGUUUCAGCGACAGACUCGAUUUGCUGUCAACCAGCUGGCUGCGACUGCAUCUGAUCAGUUGAAUAUCAUGGAACAUCUAAGGGAAGGCCAGACUGAACUACAAAGUGUCACUACUGACACUCUCAAGAUUAUGACAGAUGGACAACAAGAAAUACUCCAGAAGCAAGAAUCCAUGAAGGACUCACAGGGUGAACUUCAGGAAAGUAUUGAAGGUAAUCUUAGAGAUCUGACUAGUGAGAAGGCGUUGAUAGCAGCUGGCCACAAAGAGCUGGCUAGUAUGACAGAUAACAUCCGACAGCAACUAGAUAAUGCUACCAAGCAGUUGUUGAACCAGGAUCAGGAUCUAAGACGGAACCAUGAGGAGCUUCAGAAAGACCUGGCCAGCAUUCGCUUGAAAGCUAAAGAAGUCUGGGACAAAUUAGACGGAAACAUGCAACAUGUGUCAUUUUUCCAAGAUGAAACUUUCCAGUAUUACAAGGAGACCAUUGAUAACCUUAAGAAGAUGAACGAUACCAUUAACUAUCUGCUGAACCUUGUCAAUGACAUGCAGACUGGAAUUGACCUGCGUCUUGGCUGGUUAACUUCCCUUGUUGGAGGUGUUGGUGAGAACCUGACUCUCUUGUCCACCUGUGUGGCCCAUUGUGCGUACUUCUUGCUAGCUUCCCUCUGUGUGACCUUCCUUCACACUCCUACCUUUUCCCGGAUUGUCUUGCUGCUGCUGGUCCCACUGAAUGCCAUCUCAGAGAUCAAACAUGGGGCUAGCCUAGACUUCUCCGGUCUUACCAUCCUCAUUGUAGGAGUGGUUAUGGCCAAUUGGACCAUCUUGCUCAUCUUGCGGUAUUGGAAACAGGGCCCAAAGUCACUCAGACAGUUUGUACCUACAUGUAACUCUCCCUGUCAGUGUAGUCACUCCAAUCCCAGAUUCAUCAUGCCACCCACUGUGAGCAGAUCCCCUGGUCUAAAAGACUUUUCUGACGAUGAAGAUUACACCUUACCCACUGACCUGUCUGCCAUUACUGGCGAGAUUUCCUCCGGUACUUUCAACAGUGCUAUGCUGUCUGACUCCAGUGCCUUUGGUAAUGACACUACACUGACAGGCUCUAAUGUGACAGAUGUGUGGUUGAGAAGACUCAACAAUGAACACUCAGUCAGCAAAAUCAAUGACAUCAUAGGCACUCCCAUUGACUCUGCUUCCAAGACUCCAAUGCCUUCCUCUCCCUCCAUGCUGGGCUUUGGGGACUUAAAACCCACCAAUCCUGCCAAGAGACACCUAGCUGCAGCCCUGGAGGAUCUACCCAAGCCAGUGCCAUCACCGUGUAGCCAGAGAGGGGGUACCCCCUCAAGUUCUCGACCAAGCACACCAGGCAGUUCCAGAGCUGGCACUCCAAGCAAGCGUCUUUGUAGUGGCACCACCAAGUCAGGUCAGCCAUGCCGUUUAGCCUGCUCCCAGGGAUUAGACUACUGCUUCCGCCAUGCUGACAACUGAAGCACAUCAGCAUGGGGCCAUUUUAAGUUUUUUUUGCUUUUGUCACUAAAUUUGCCAAGCCAUUUUUGCUGCGUAGUAAGUCCCUGAAUCCAUACUCUAGUACUGCAUUAAAAUCUGGCUCAAAGCUUGCUAUAAGUUUUCUAUCUGCCAUAAUGCUUAAUGUUACCGUAGUAGGCCUAGUGUGCAUGUACGGUGUGGAUUGGGUGUUCAUACUGAAUGCAGAUUACUGUAUGUUUAUUCAAAAACCUUGUUUACAUGUAGUUUUGAAAGUGAACAGAGGCCAUUAAUCAUAUAUUAUGUGCAAAUAUACAAAUAUAUACAUGUAUAUAAAAUCAGACCAAAAAAUUUUGUAAAGGGUUACUUCAGCCCGUGACUUUAGAAUUGACGAAAUCUGUACAGAAUUAAAUUGUGACAGAAAACAACAUCAGCACUUACUGUUUAAAAAGCUAAGCAUGAAAUUCAAAACGUUCAAAGUAAAAACCUCAGAAAGUUUAUUUCAUAGACCUUGACAACUUGUGUUACUGUAAACUACCUUGUGAUUUGUGGUAUUGUUUGAAGUAUUUGUUGUUUGAAGUACUGAACUAAAUAAGAUUAACCUUAACUCCCAAGGGUGUAUGUAAAAUAAUAUUGAAAUCGGAGAAUUUGGGGACUAUUAGGGCUGUGUGUGUUAAUGAUAAUUAUCUUAUGGAAAUUGUUAAACAUUUAUUACUAGUUCACCAAAAUGGUGCAAAAAAAGAAAGCAACAUUCAAAGAUUAGUCUUUAUAUGACUAUGUACAUGUAUAUCACAGAUAAAUAUGAACUGCGUUCAUUUAGUAUCAGCUCUAGCUUUGUGUGUGUGGAAUAAGAUAAUGCAGUUCAGGGCACUCCAGCUGCAAUCUAAACUAAAUUGAUUAAGACUUUAUAUUCUGUAAGAUCAUGGACUGUAUCAAAUUAAUGUAACAUUUUCCUUUACUGUAUUUAGUUGAUUUUGUUCAAUUAUUUAUGAAACUCCACGAAAGAACUGUAACUUUGCAGCUGGAAAUUGACCAUUUCACCCAUUCCUAUCAUCAGUGCACAGGCUUACAUAUAGUCUGUUGAUGAAUUAAGUAAUUUUAGUGAAACUUCUGUCUUUUCUGUCAUUUGGUUUCAUGAUUACUGGUUUAAUUAGACAAGCAAUUGUGGUUGGGGAUUCAUCCUUCCAAACAGAAUGGUUGGUAAAAUGUUGUACUCAUUUAAAGGUUCAUACAUGCUGUAGUAACCAAAUUGCUUUAAAUGCUGUCCUUGUUUUUUAAUUUAAAAUUUGGGAGUUUAAAAUGUGUAAUAAUAUGCUAAGUUGUGAAACAAUAAAACUGAGAAGAAAUGUGUACUUAAAGUAAAACACA